CGUUCUGGAUAAUGUCCACACUGCUCAGUGUGACAAUCUCGCCAGAGUCUGACUCAGAGCCCUGCAGCUUCAUCUCCUGCGUGUCUCCCCCACACUUGAUCCAAAUGAGCUCUCCUCUGUGCCAUUUCACACAGCUCCCCUUUCCUUGUGCUGUGUCCUCGGCCCAAAGGGUCUUCCCACUGCUUCUUGGUGAACCCUUCUCUCAAGAUGCAGCUCAAAGUCCCUCAACACCCCGCAAGAAGAAGCUGGAGCUCAGAAAGUUAUGGCUUUGUCCCAGGUCACACAGCUCGAAAAUGGCAGAACUGGGAUUUAAACCCAAUUUCCUCUGACUCCAAAACUUUCCCUUUUGGCCGCCGCUCGCCCUGUGACAUCUACUGGCAUGGUGUUUCAUUUCACGACAACAACAUAUUCUCCGGUCAAGUGAACAAGUUUCCAGGCAUGACGGAGAUGGUGCGUAAAAUUACUCUGAGCAGAGCAGUGAGAAUUAUGCAGAAUCUCUUUCCUGAGGAGUACAACUUCUACCCUCGCUCUUGGAUUCUGCCUGACGAGUUCCAGCUCUUUACUGCUCAGGUUCAAAUGGUGAAAGAUGGUGACCCCUCCUGGAAGCCCACUUUUAUUGUGAAACCUGAUGGUGGUUGUCAGGGUGACGGAAUCUACCUCAUUAAAGACCCCAGUGACAUCCGCCUGGCAGGGACCCUGCAGCGCAGGCCGGCGGUGGUCCAGGAGUACAUCUGCAAACCUCUCCUUAUCGACAAGCUCAAGUUUGACAUUCGCCUGUAUGUCUUACUGAAGUCCUUAGACCCCUUAGAGAUUUACAUAGCCAAAGAUGGACUCUCCAGAUUUUGUACAGAGCCAUACCAGGAGCCCACUCCCAAAAACCUGCACCACAUCUUUAUGCACUUAACCAACUACUCCCUGAACAUCCAUAGCGGUAACUUUGUCCACUCGGACAGCACUAGCACAGGCAGCAAAAGGACUUUUUCUAGCAUUCUUUGUAGGUUGUCUUCCAAAGGCGUUGACAUCAAGAAGGUCUGGUCUGAUAUCAUCUCCUUGGUGAUUAAGACCGUCAUUGCCCUGACUCCAGAGCUCAAAGUUUUCUACCAGUCGGACAUCCCUGCAGGGAGGCCGGGGCCCACAUGCUUUCAGAUUUUAGGCUUUGACAUUCUUCUAAUGAAAAAUCUGAAGCCUAUACUACUUGAAGUUAAUGCAAAUCCCAGCAUGAGAAUUGAACAUGAGCAAGAACUUUCUCCAGGGGUGUUUGAAAAUGUCCCCAGCCUUGUCGAUGAGGAGGUGAAAGUGGCCGUGAUCAGAGACACCCUGCGCCUCAUGGACCCACUGAGGAAGAAAAGAGAGAACCAGUCUCAGCAGCUGGAGAACCCACCAGCCGGAAAGGAAGAUCCUUCCGACAAUGAUCUGGCCAUCGCCUCGGAAGGCAACACCAAACCUGAAGCCCACCUGCCCUCCAUCUGCCUCAAGCAGGUGUUCCCCAAGUAUGCCAAGCAGUUCAACUACCUGCGCCUGGUGGACAGGAUGGCAAACUUGUUUAUCCGGUUCCUGGGAAUCAAGGGGACAAUGAAGUUAGGACCAACAGGCUUCCGUACCUUCAUAAGGAAUUGCAAGCUGAGCAGCAGCAGCUUGUCUAUGGCCGCCGUGGACAUCCUCUACAUCGACAUCACAAGGAGAUGGAACUCCAUGACCCUGGACCAGCGGGAUUCAGGGAUGUGCCUGCAGGCCUUCGUAGAGGCUUUCUUUUACCUGGCUCAGAGGAAGUUCAAGAUGCUGCCCCUGCACCAGCAGGUGGCCUCGCUGAUCGACCUGUGUGAAUACCACCUGUCCCUGCUGGAUGAAAAGCGGCUGGUGUGUGGCCGGAGUGGCAGGUUUGGGAGCCGGCCCCCUCACGGCGGCAUGACCCAGGAAGCCACCCCGGCUGCCCCGCUGGUGGAGGGCCACCUCCCCUCCGGCACAGGCAAGCUCUCCCAUUCCACACGCGCUCUGUCCUGAGGGCCACUCUGUCCUCCCGGAACAAGCAAGCCCUUCGGGGCUGGAGAGAGGCCCUGGGCUUCCCACGCGGAGAAACGCCGGCUGCUGGGAUUCCUGCCGGGACUCUGCGAGCUGUGGGUCCUGCGCUUCGGGAGGCCGACUGACUCACGCCCGCCUUCCUCCCAGCGCCUCGUGGUGGUAAACCUGUUUGCAAGUCACAGUGGACAUAUGACAUCCCAAAGGUGACAGAUGGCAUCUCCUAUUCUGAGCUCAUGGGAAGCGACAGUGGGGGUGAAACCGUUGUGUUUGGGGAACCAACAGCCCAGGCUGCGCUGUGGUGAGGAAAGGACGUGAGGCAGCCGAGUCCUGGGUCUGCGGGGCCCAGCGGGAGCGCUGGCUGAAGCCCGGGAGCAUCAUGCCUACUUCCUGUCUCUGCUCUGGGAUGGAGUGGAAAUGCCCGCGACUCCCCUCCGAUCAUGUGCUACUUGGGUGUAGUUAACAGAUUAGCCUCGUUUAUUUCAUUAGCUUGCCUACUGCUGCAGUGUUCGGUUUGUUAUUAAUUAAGAAAUAAUUAACUAAGAAGUCACUAACUACGGCUUCUCAAGUCUUGAAGCUGGCAGGAGCCACCGGGGUCAUUUUGCCUGAUUUUGUUUGACCUUGACCCCAAGGUAGGAGUCCCAUGGUUGUAUGGCCUCUGACUGAAGCCCUCCCCAUUUGGGGUGCUCUCUGUGUGGCCAGCACUGCCCAGGGCUCCUGUGUGCUGGGCAUCCUGGGUGAGGAGGAGGCUCCUGAGGGGUGGAGACAAGACCUGGUGAGGGUUAGGAUGAGGAGGAACAUGAGGCCAGACCCAGCUGCCAGAGGUGGUGGGAGGAAAAGGGGAGCUCCUUGCAUAAGAGUAGGCUCCCCUCUUGUCUCCACCUGUGUCACAGAGGGGAAGCCUCACAGGCAGCCACAGGGGCAUUGUGGGUAUGGCUGCGGGCAAGUGCAGGCCCAGGGCCAACCAACAGGUGGACGGAGGCUGCCCUUGCAGAGUCACGCUCCCCACAGCGUUGUUGGAUUUGGGUUAGCGUGGCCCUUUAAUGCGUCCUGGCAGCCCUGGGAAGAGUUGAUAUCACACUCCGAGUCAGGAGGAUGCCAGGUCUGAGGGCAUCGGCACAGUGCCUGGCACACAGGAGGCUCAUGAAAUGCUCGCAAAGGAAGGGCAAGGAGGGUCCUGUGGGCAGGAGUGUGCCCCGGACCAGCACAUCUGUCCUCCUCCCCUGCCGUCCUGUCUUCUCCCUCCCACCCCCCUCCCUGUCUCCUGAGUCCCCUUCACUCAGGCCCACUGGAGCCGUUGAGGCAGCACACACAGAGCCGUGCACAGUCACGGGCAACUUGCACUCAGUCUCCCAGGAAGGUUUCCAAACCCAAAGAGAAGGCUGUUAAUCAAGACCCUGCCCACUCUUAGCCAGUUACUUUACAGCAGGGGCCCACCUGAAUCCUUGCUGGACCCUCCUUCCAGCCAGCCCAUUCUCUCAAUAAAACCUGCUUCCCCUGCAUAUGGCUCCCAGGCAACACCCUGUCCUGCGGCCUCCUCCCUCCUGCUCCUCAGAGCACAGGGCUGAGCCAAGGCCACUCCCUUCCCACCUGGAGGCAGGCUGCUCCGCCAGGGUCAGGGUCUAGAACAGGGGUGGGCAAGCUUUUUGACUCGAGGGCCACAAUGGGUUCUUAAUAUGGACCGGAGGGCCGGAACA